UUAAUUCAUUUCUCUUUGUCAUGGCGUUGGAUUAGCUUAAAAUUUAAAACAGUCGUAAUUUUAUUAUUAAGUAUUAGCACGUUAUCUACCAACUUCGCAAUCUUUAGCAUCCCCUCUCAAGAAACACUUUGUUAAUAUGUAGACACAUAUUUCAUACCGAAACAGCAAGUUAUAAGGUCACUGCCUCGUAGUGACAAGAUACGAAUCUACGGCUGAAGAAGUUAGUUAUCUACAUGAACAUUGGGUGCAGAACAAAGUUGAGGAAACAUUUUUUAAACUUCAUUCUAACACCGAGUUAUUUAUUUUAACAGUUUGGAGGGAAAUACGAUAAUCACUGUUUGCAUCUGAAAACGAAUAUUCAGAUAGCAUUAGCAUAAUGAAAUUUAAAAUGCAUCAAGAACAUUUAAGAACUUUUGAAGACUAAAGGAAGAUGUUAUAGAGAACUGAUAAAAGCUUGCUUAUAUAAAUCUUCAUUGAAUUGCUGUCUGAAGUUUGAAUGGAAUAGAUUUGUGCCAUUAAAUUAGAUUUGGACAAUUUUAUAAAGGUAUUUGCUGCAUCUUUGAACAUCAACAAAGAUCACUGUGGUUGGAAAUAUCGAAGGAGAUAUAUUUAUUAAGAACAAAAUAUUAAGACAAAAAAAAAAAAGGAAAAUUAUGUGGAAGAGAAGAAUUAUUAAGAAAAAUUCUAAGAAGCAGAUUAAAUAUAUAACAGUCUAAAACUAUGGAUUCUGCUGAUAAGAUGACACAUAAAGACAUAGGAAAAUUAUUACAGCCCUGUGGUGAUAAAUCAUUUUCCCAAAGAGUUAACUUCGCUGCUCACAAAGAUAUUAAUGUAAGCAAGACACUAUAUCACUGUGAUGUCCGUGAUGAAACAUUCUCUCAGACGGAUCAUUUGAUUAAUCACAAAGGUAUCCAGACAGGUGAUAAGCUAUAUCAUUGUAAUAUCUGUGAUAAAUCGUACUCUAAAAAAAGUACAUUAAAUAAACACAAGUAUAUUCAUACAAGAGAAAAACCGUAUCACUGUGAUGUUUGUGGUAAAUCAUUUUCUGAAGGCGGUAAUUUAAAUAAACAUAAAUACAUCCAUACAGGAGAGAAGCCUUAUCACUGUGAUAUAUGUGGCAAAUCGUUCUCGGAAAUGGGUAAUUUGACUAAGCACAAAUACAUUCAUACAGGAGAAAAACCCUAUCACUGUGAUAUCUGUGGAAAAUCAUUCUUUCAAAAAGUUCACUUAACUACUCACAAACGUAUACACACAGGAGAGAAACCAUACCACUGUGAGAUCUGUGGUAAAUCAUUCACUGAAGUGAGCACCUUAACUAGGCACAAGCGUAUUCAUACUGGAGAAAGACCAUAUCACUGUGAUAUCUGUGGUAAAUCAUUCUCUCAAACAAUUCAAUUAAUGAUACACAACAGAUGUAGUCAUGCUGGUGAGAAGUGCAAUCUUAAAAAAGAGAAGGCAUAUUGCUGUAAUAUCUGCAGUAAAUCUUUCUCGAUAAAAAGUAAUUUAACGGCUCACAAACGCAUUCAUACAGGAGAGAAACCAUACCAGUGUGAUAUCUGUGGUACAUCAUUAUCUCAAACAGGUCACUUAACUACUCACAAACACGCGCAUACAGGAGAGAAACGAUAUCAUUGUGAUACCUGUGGUAAAUCAUUCUCUGCAAAAAGUAAGUUAAAUGAACAUAGACAUAUCCAUACAGGAGAGAAACCAUAUCAUUGUGAUAUCUGUGGUAAAUCAUUCUCUCAAACAGGUCACUUAACUACUCACAAACACACACACACUGGAGAGAAACCAUAUCAUUGUGAUAUCUGUGGUAAAUCAUUUUCUCAAACAUCGCAUUUAACUAUUCAUAAACGUAUGCAUUCAGGUGAGAAACCUUAUCAGUGUGAUAUCUGUGGUAAAUCAUUCUUCCAAAAUAGUGAUGUAACUAAGCACAAAUACAUUCACACAGGAGAAAAACCAUAUCGAUGUAAUAUCUGUGGUGAAUCAUUCACUAGAUAUAGUACCUUAACUACUCACAAAUACAGUCAUACAGGAGAGAGACCUUAUCACUGUGAUAUCUGUGGUAAAUCAUUUUCUCAAAACAGUGCUUUGACUAAACACAAAUAUGUUCAUUCCAGAGAGAAACCAUAUCACUGUGAUAUCUGUGGGAAAUCAUUUUCUCAAAGUGGUGCUUUGUCUAAACACAAGCGUAUUCAUUCCAGAGACGAACCAUAUCACAUUAAUAUGUGUGGCAAAUCAUUCUCUGUAGCAAAUGACUCCUGUCUGUAUAAAGAUACACUUCCUGAAUUACUCCAAUCGGCAUUCCAGAAGCCUGAAGGAGUUGAGGUCCCAUAACAGGCCUGUGAAACUUGAAGUAGCAUGGGACCAAAUCAAACAGUUUUAAAUAAUACAUGUAAUUCCUACUGUGUUAAGUGCUUUUUUCUUUUGUUUGUCCACUCAAUCGCAUGUGUGUAAUAUGUAUGUAUAAAUAAUAUAUGAGUAUAUGCAUAUAUAUGUACAUACCUUCAUCUACAUGUAUAUAUAGAUGCAUAUCUGGGUACAUGACAUAGCAAAAAAAAACAUGGACAAAAUGAUAAACAAGGUACAGAAAACACAGAGGCUACCACCAUUAUAACACCUUCUUCAGCUGCCACCAUUAUAACACUGGCGUUUCGAAGAGUUAUAUAUAUAUAUAUAUGAUAAAAGGUAAAGCCCUCCUUCAGUCAUGACUGACCACGGGAUGCACCUAGAAAGUUCCCCUCUAGGCACAAGUCUGAGCAAGUUUAUUUGUGGAGGACCAGUAGUUGCCCAUGCAUACCAGUGUCCCCUCUCUACAUCACCAAUGUUAUCCAAGGGAAAAGCAAAGACUGAUUCAGCUUAGCACCAGUGAUGUUGCAGCUCAUUUCUACAGCUGAUUGAGCUGAAGCAACACGAAAUAGAGUCUUGCUCGUAUAUAUAUAUAUAUAUAUAUAUAUUAGGUUGUCAAGAAAGCUCUUGCAGUUUUUAACCUUUAAAUUCAGAUGCACAUAUCUCGGCUCAAGCAAAACUUUAUUAAUCGAAAUAAACACCAUCAGAAUCAACACACUUUUGCCAAUGCGAAACAAGUUUAUUUAUGCCAGUAGCAUAAAAAUCCUGUGUUCUGGUGGCGAUGAAGUCGUGUACCUGUGAAAGAAAGAAGAAAAGGAUUACAGUUGAAAAUCUAACUCACUUGAUUGCUAGAGGUUGAUUGGAAUGGCAUCUUGCAUACACAUCGAGAUUGUGUGAGACUUGGUAAUAGAAGAGGGUGUAAAAGCAUCGCAAACCUGCUUGUUUCCUUCCAACUAGCUGAAAGGUACUGACUUGAUUUCAAAAAAGCAACAGGGAUAACUGCUAAUGGGUUAAGCAUCGCCUGACUGGCCUUCGUGCGGGUGACACGUAAAAACACCCACUACACUCUCUGAGUGGUUGGCGUUAGGAAGGGCAACCAGCUGUAGAAACUCUCCCAGAUCAGAUUGGAGCCUGGUGUAGCCAUCCGGUUCACCAGUCCUCAGUCAAAUCGUCCAACCCAUGCUAGCAUGGAAAGCAGACGUUAAACGAUGAUGAUGAUCACUGAAAAUUCUCCAAGUCUGGUUUUGUAAAGGAUGCAAGAACUUUCCCCCCAUGCCCACACAUUGCACAGACAUUGGCAUGGCUCCAGUUAACUUAGGCAGAUGUGUAUGUUGCCUUCAUGUAGCUUUUUACACCUGUUUUUUGUUGUUUUUUUUCUGUGUCACCACCAUGAUUUGGACAAGUACACACUGCAUAUUUGCUACUGAAAUAUGUGUGAAACUGCAAAUAAAUAAAUGGACAGACAAACAAACCAACAGAGAGUAAAAGAUGUGUGAAUGCAUACAGAUGCAAAAGAAGCUGGAGAAAAUACAACUCAAAGACCAAAGAUAGAAUAUAAUAUAGUGUUUUAUUGAAGCUGAAAAAUUUUUACUCCAUGUUUCAUGUAACCAAUGAUCAGAAAGAAGCAAACUUCUGGAAAAACACAAUGUUUUAUAAAUGGCUAUAAAUGGUGCAGUGAUAAUAAUUAUUUGGUAAAUAAUCAGAUAAAGAGUUGAAGCUGAUUGAACAAGGAGUCAAAAGUAAUGGAAUAUGUUGGAUAAUACAAGUGACUGUUUAGAAAAAAUUUAUAAACAUUAAAAAUGAAUUUAAAAAAUUAACUCACAAUACAUUGGUUACUGGGAAAUGGUUCUGAUAAAAUUCUGUGCUGCAAUUUAAAUGCUGAAGUGAAUACAACAGCCCCCCGCAAGCCCUCAAAUGGCCUACAAACACCUUUCAUGCUGCAAUUGUAUAUAUUUAUUUAAGCAACAAAAUUUCCCUUAACAAAAUGAUUCUGCAUGCGUGUGUGUGCGUGUGAAUAAGGGGUCACAAAGCAGCCUUCGCAUAAUAACCAAAUCUCCUUCAAAUCUUUAUAGUAAGCCUAAUGAUUGAAAUAGAUUUCAAUAUCUUAAUUUUCUCAUUAAGAUCUUGCUUCUUUCAUGACCCAGUAGGUAAGGGUGAUCAGAAGUGGAAGCUUCAAGUUUCUGCCAGGAAUUACAAGGGACCUUAUUAAAUAUUUUUUUAAGUAACCAAUUUUCCCUCAACAAAAAGAUUGUGUGUGUCUAUGUGUGAAGAAGGGGCUACAAAGCAGCCUUGAUAUAGUAACCAAAUCCCCCUCAAAAUUUUUAUAGUAAACCCAAUAAUUGAAAUAAAUUUAAAUAUUGUAAUUAUCUCUUUAAA